AUAACACCCGAGUAACGCUGUUUGAGUGACGGGUUAACGGGUGUGUGCUGUGAUGGAUCUGAAGGAGAAAGUGGCUGUAGUGACCGGAGCAGCUCAGGGUUUGGGCAGGAGCUUUGUCGAAAUACUCCUGAAAAACGGAGCGAAGGUGGCUUUAAUCGAUGUGAAUACAUCUCUGGGAGAGGAACUGAAGAGCACACUUGAUCAGGAACAUGGACGUGACCGGACUGAGUUCUACACGGCUGACGUCUCAUCAGAGGAAGACUUCAAAGGAGUCAUGGGAAAAAUUAUUGAAACAUUUGGCCGCAUAGACAUUUUUUGCAACAACGCAGGGAUCAUCAAUGAAAAGCACUGGGAAAAGACUAUAGCAAUCAACCUGGGUGGAGUGGUCAGAGGAACGUAUCUCGCUCUAGAACAUAUGAAGAAGGAAAACAGUGGUAAUGGAGGAGUCAUUGUCAACAUCUCAUCUAUGGCAGGUCUGGGGCCUUUGCCGAUGGCACCCAUCUACACAGCAACUAAACACGGCGUGGUGGGAUUCAGUCGUGCCAUGGCAGCCGUUUCCAAGCUGUCUAACUAUGGGGUGAGGAUCAACAUUCUCUGUCCGUGGUUUGUGAAGACCAGUUUUCUGUCCGUCAUGAGUUCAGAAGAGCAUACUGGAAGCUUCUUUCCCCUGAAGGGUUUAGCAGACGUGAUGAUGGAGAGUCGCGGCUAUCUGGAGGCGGAUGUUGUUGCCAAGGCCUUUCUUGUUCUUGUGAAAGAUGAGAGUAAGAAUGGAGAUGUUCUGAUGAUUGAUCCCGAGGGGGCAGCUUUUGUCUCUUUCCCCGAACAGGGCAAGAACAUGCCAUGCACUCCGGUCAGUCUCCAGUAGCCAAUCAGCUUCAUCCUCAUCCGCUGACGGCGUUCCUGUCUGAGCAUCCGUGUGUGUGGACGGAUAUGGGUUUGGGAUUCAAGGAUUCAUCAGACAUCUUAAAAUAAGUUUUUAAAGAAAAUCCAACCAAACCCUGGAGAUCUAGACACGACGUCAACCUGAGAGCUUCCACAAAGAAUGGCUUCAUAUAAAGAUAUUAAGACAGAAUAAAGAUUAA